AUAAAUUAAUACAUAAAAAUGUGUAAAAAUUUGAAUACACAAAUAAACAAGUUACCGUCCAACGAAAUAUCGUGUCGAUACAAUCUCAUCGACACUUAAAAAUAAAAUAAUAAUAACAGAUAUAAUUUGUUCAAUUUUAUGUUUUUACUGUGUGAAUAAUUAAUAUCUUCGCCAAAGUAAAUAAAUAUAACAAAUAUACUAUGAAAAUAAGAAUAUCUAACGAUAAUUCUAAAAAGUAACCUCAAUUCGACUUUAAAGCAAUAUUAUGUACUGUUAAGCAUAUUCAUUGCUUUUUGAUAACCAAACCUGAGAAGUGUGAACUAAACAGUUGUAUAUAAAAUGGCAUCAAGUCAGAUUGAAAAAAUUGUCAAAUUGUAUAAAACAUUAGCACAAAAUCCAUCAUUGAGCGGUGCAAAGAUUCUUCGAGCAACCAGCAAUGGAAUAUUAAUUUCAAGCGUGUGGUCUCAGAAAAAUUUGGAGAGGAAAACAAAUCAAAAGUUUUGUCAGAAUCAUAUUUUAGAUUCUGAAUUGUUACUUUUAUCUGAAAAUUUUCCUAUUGAUGUUACAACAGAACUUCUGUCUGUGUCUACCGAAGACGAACAACGUAGAGCUGUACUAAGGCAAGCGACUAUUGAGAACACAUCAAAACAAUUUAUUGAAAUCUGGGAUAAGCAGAGACUACUGAAAAAUUAUGAUUUAACUGCUUUCGAUGUACAUGGAGAUGUAUAUACAGAUUCUGAAUUUGCUUCUUUCGAAUGGUCUCCAGAUAAGACAAAGGUUUUAUACAUAGCAGAAAAAAAACUGCCAAAGUCAGCACCAUUUUACAAGCAAAAGCCUCUUAAUAAAAAAGAAUCAAAAGACGAAGAUGAAGUAUCUGUGGGUAACGAGUAUGUUUACAAACCACAUUGGGGAGAACAGUUGGUAGGUAAACAUCGUCCAGUUGUCGCAAUUCUCGAUACGACAACAGACACAAUUUCAAUUCUCUCAGGCAUACCGGAUGAACUUUCAUCUGCUCAAGUAUUAUGGGCAAAAAACAAUCAAGAUAUAGUGGGUGUAGCAUGGAAACACGAACCAAGACAUUUAGGUCUUGUUGCCUGCACGAAUAGGCUUUCCUGGAUAUUCUUAUUGAAAGAUGCAGAAUACAAAAAACUCUCCAGUGAUGGGUGCGCUGUUCGUUGUCCUAGAUUCAGCCCUGAUGGAAAACACUUAAUCUGGUUGGAAAGAGCAGCCGGUGGAGCACAUCACAAUGCUCACAGAUUGAUGCAUCUUGAUUUCAAUUCUGAAAAGCCGGAGGCUGACGUACUUGUAGAUAUAGUGCAUACAUGUAUAUCUAUUAAAAAUUCUGAACAAUUUUACGGUUUUUAUGGCCGUUUACCUCGUCGAUGUUGGAGCAGCGAUUCACAGUACAUAUUUUUAAGUUCACCACAGCAGAAUAAUACACGUUCUUACAUCGUCGAUAUAAAAACAAAAACCAUAACUGAGAUUCAGAAUGAUAAAAGUAGCCUCGUUGUUUUGGACGUGAAAAAUGACGUUAUUGCAUUUUUGGAGUCAUCUAUUAUGGAGCCUUCUGUUCUUACAAUAGGAAGAUUUAAUUUAGAAGUAGUUAAUAAUGGUAAUAUCGCAAGAAGUAAAAUUUCAACUUCGGCGACUAUUCCUGAAUCUGAAAAUUUAAUGUACGAGUUCUCCGAAUAUGAUUACGAUAACGAUGAUGAAAUUAAACACUUCAAUUUCAUUUAUUUUGGACCAAAAGUUGGAAACAACAAAUCUGUACCUUUUGUAAUUGUACCACAUGGUGGACCCCAUGUUAAUUAUGAAAAUCUAUUUAUACUGAAUUAUUUUCUAUUUGUACUGUCAGGUUUAGCUGUGGUACAAGUUAACUAUCGUGGUUCAACGGGUAUGGGUUCUAAAAAUGUUGAAUAUCUUCAAGGAAAAGUUGGAGACGUUGACGUAAAAGAUUGUGUAAUUGCUACGAAAGAAGCUUUACGGAAAUAUCCAUGGCUAAAUCCAGAAAAAGUGGGGCUAGUUGGAGGUUCACAUGGUGGAUUUUUAGUAACUCAUCUAAGUGCUCAAUAUCCAGACUUGUACAAAGUUGUUGUUGCGAGGAAUCCUGUAAUCGACAUCGCUGCUAUGUUUACAAUAUCAGAUAUUCCAGACUGGUGUGCCGCUGUAGUGAAUUAUCCAUUUGAUGAAAGCACACCAAUGGCAGAAUCGGAUCAAGUCGAAAUGCUUGUGAAAAUGUUUAAAUGUUCUCCGAUCAUUCACGUUAGUAAAGUCAAAGCUCCAACUUUACUAUGCAUUGGCUCAAAUGAUUUACGUGUACCUCCGUCUCAAGGAAAAUUGUGGUAUCAACGUUUGAAGGCAAAUAAUGUUAAGACAAAGAUGCUUUUUUACGAAGACAAUCAUCCUUUAGCGUCUGGACCAGUUGACGUCGAUAACAUUAUCAAUGCUUGUUUAUGGUUGCUCGAACAUAUCCCGACAGAAAAAACUGACGACGUAAGUUUGCAGGAAGAGAAAUGUGAUAAAUGUAAUAAGUUUUAAUAAUUUUAUUAUCACAAAUGUAGUAUUUACACAAUGUCGCCAUGUAUACGUUUAUAAAGGU